AAGCACCUUGUUUUUGCAAAAAUCCCGGAACCUGUGACCGCGGACCGAAUCGUUCUGGGCCCCAUGGCCGCAUCUUGGAAGCGUCUCAACUCAAAGCCGUGCCUGCUGAAACAAUGAGACAUUUUCACAGGCAUCAAACGUGCCACAAUGAGUUUCGGAAGGAGAGGAACAAUGAAGCCUCGCUCUUCCUUUAGCAAAGCCUCAGUCGGAUGGAUGCUCAGCCGCUCGAUGCUCAGCCGCUCGGCCGGCUCCGCGGCCCCGAGGUCCCAGGGUCCCCAGAGCGACGGCUCGUCGUCACUAUACGCAGACACGCGGGGCAUCGUGGCUCAAAACAAACCUCGUGUUAACCUAUCUCCAAAAUCUAAGAACCACUCGUACGUACGCUACCGCCCAGCCACGCACGCCAAAGAUCCAGGAGCAGGUUGCCAUUCCGCGGCCCGACCCCAUGCGCUGGCUGACGAGGACUGGGCCUGCACAUGCGCGCGUGCCGUGCGUAAAAAUGCCCUUUUUGGGGGAUUGUUUGCAUAGAAGUGCCUCAGCCGGCGAUUUCCAUGCUCGAUUUCGAGAACCGCGCCCUUGCGUCACCCCCUCCGCGGGUCACCUCCUCCAAGCGUGCAUGCGA